AUGACCACAUCGCCACACCAACUUGUCCGGCUUUACAGUAUAUUUCGCAUCCCAGCGCCGCCUCGACGGCGGAAACGGAAAAACACGGAAGAAACGAUCCAAGCCCGCCUCAAACACUAUGAGGUUCUCCUGCGCGAGCAGGGCAUCGACCCAGCUUCUCCAACCCGUGCUCUUAGCAAGACGGAGACCACUUCCACCCCGGAAGACGGCGAGCAGUGUGAUGCAGCAGCCUCGAAACCCCAAGAACCGAUCAAUUGGGCACCGGGUUCCGCGCAGGGAAAGUUGAUUGUCGACCAGGGGAGAUCGCGCUUCAUCGAAAACAAGUUAUGGGUCACUGUCAGCGAAGAGCUCCAUCACAGCAAAGAUGCAAUCCCGGACAGCGAGACAGAAGAUGAGCUGGAGACGCCGGCGGAAGAUGGCGCAGAUUUCGUCCUGGGGAUGACCUCCUCGCCGAACCAGACGGCCAACUUGCACCCCAGCACUAAUCAUAUACUCAAGUUAUGGCAGCUGUUCCUGACUAACGUCAACCCACUGGUGAAGAUCAUCCAUCAGCCCAGCAUGCAGCGCGUUAUUGAGGACGCGACAACUGAUAUAGGACACAUUCCCCGCGGGCUUGAAGCGCUCAUAUUCUCUAUUUAUACUGCCGCCAUCCAUUCUAUGCGGGAUGGUGAGUGCCUAGCAACGUUUGGCGAAACUCGGUCAGCUCUACAAUCUCGAUAUCGCCUGGGCGUGCGCCGAUCAUUGACGAGAGCUCAUUUCAUGGGCUCGUCGGACAUUCUUGUCCUGCAAGCAUUGGUGAUAUAUCUCCUUGCUGUGCGACAAGAACUCGACGCCCGGACGUUGUGGACAUUGGCUGGUGUCUCAAGCCGUAUGGCUCAAGGGAUGGGCGUCCACCGCAACGGUGCCGUUCUUGGCCUCCCACCUUUUGAAACGGAGAUGCGCCGCCGGCUCUGGUGGCAAAUCAACCUGCUGGACUUCAAGGCCGCCGAGCUGAGCGGCUUCGGCGGCUUCAAUUCCAUGCGCUGGUGGAACACCAAGACGCCCUCGAACGUCAACGACGCAGACAUGUGGCCCGGCAUGAAGGAGCCUCCUGUCGAGCAUGUCCGGCCCACAGAGAUGGUCAUCUGCCUGUUGCAUUACGAGAUGGGCGGGUUCUGGAGGAAGAAACUGACGCAAGCUGGGAUCGCGGAGGAAGAUCUGUCCCGAGCCAUGACCCACUGGGUGACGACCAAGACGGUGGCCGAAAAGGACGCCUUCGUCGACGAAUUCCAGGGCAAUCUCGAAGAGCGGAUCCUGAGAUAUUGCGAUCCGUCUGUUCCGAUGGAGAUGAUGGCUCUGAUCAUCGGCCGCAUGAUGUGUAAGAGUGUACGAUUCAUGGCGCACCAUCCCCGUCGCUACGCCAGUGAGAAGGACAUCCCCGAGAAUGAGCGCCACUUCCUCUGGACGACGAGCAUGGCAAUCAUCGAAGCCGACAACCUCGCGCAUUCGCACCGCUCCUUGCAGCGCUUCCAAUGGCACAUCGACCACGGCUUUCAGUGGCAUGCCUUUAUCUACGUGCUUGGCGAACUGGCGGCCCGCCCAGUAGGGGAGGGGAAGGACGAAUCGUGGGCUCAGAUCGAGGACGUCCACAAGAACCAUCCCAACUUCGUCUCCGAUCGGCGUAAACCGCUCCACCUCGCCAUCGGGAACCUGUGUCUCAAGGCGUGGCGUGCUCGUGAGAAAGCCCAGGCCGACAAUCCCACUGGCGUGACUUUAGCGAGGCUGGACCCUCCGCAGUUCAUCAUCCAGCUCAGAAAGCAGAGGGAACCCAAGGCCAUGAAGUCGACCAAUUUUUCACGGCCAGGACUGUCGCAGUUCGAUCUUGUCCCUCACGCCCAGGACAUGAAGCUGAAUGAUGCGCCAAACCGGCGACAGUCACGAUCGCAAUCGCAACCGCAGCAGCAAUCAGAAUCGCAAUCGCAUUCGCCACGGCAGUCACACGCCGGGCAACAGCAACAACAGCAGAGCCUGGCUACCUCGCACCACCAGCAGCCGCAUCCCACCAACUCGGGCUCUGCCGCAUUCUCAGGCACAAGCCCGGGCUCCACGUUUCCCACCAACACGACAUAUUCGCCCAACGACUUCUCCGUCAUGGACGACCUGGCCAUGGACAUGGACUGGCAACGGUGGGACACGCUGCUCAACGACUUUGAGAUGCCCGUUCCCACGGCCGGGCAGUCGUCGGCCGAGGGCAUGAACUCGGCGCAAUUACAGUUCCUGGGCCAGUAUGGGCAGCAGGGAUACUCGUGGCCUUUGGCUGCUUAUCGGGCGCAGUAA